AUGGUAGCUCGAGAGUUGGAACUAGCGGGCGAUAAUGUGCCCGUCCUCGAAGCCGCGACCCCCGGCUCGGGCACGUACCUGAUCGAGGCCAACUCCCGCCAAACGAAUUGGCAACGGGAGUUUCAUGGUGACAAAGAUCCGGAAGGCGUCUUCUACGCCGUCACGGCGCUGCGCAGCGAGUUGAGGAAGGUCGAUGGCAAGGACGCGUUUGUCGAACUGAGAACCACCCUGCCGCGGAGCGAGGUAAACGGAUUUCCCCUUGGCGACGAACAGUAG